AUGGCUGGCGCGCAGUACUCGACGGCGUCUGACUCCGACGACGAGGGCGCAAAGGGUGGCCGCGGGAGGUCGGGCAGUCGUCGUCCUCGGCGAGGAGGAAACCAGUCACGCAAUGAGAAGACGUCGACCAAGUCGUCGACCUCGGCGAAGGACGCCGACUCCUCUGCUGGCGGCAAGGGGAAGGACGACAAGUCGGCGUCGUGCUCUCUGGUCGGCGUCGUGGAGCCGACCGUCUCGCUGGCGCCGGAGGCCGGCGAGGACUUCCAGGCGGUGGCGGCAGCUGUGCAGGCGAAUCCGGCGGUGGUCCUGCUCGACAGCGGCUGCUCCCACCACCUGAUGGGGACGAAGGACGCCUUCGUCGACUUGGGGCCAAGCGGCGACGUGAAGCACGUGCGUGGCUUCAAUGGGGCGCUGCAGGACGUCCAGGGCCGCGGCACCGUCGCCCUGCAAGGCGAGGCCGGGAAGCAGGUGCUCAUCCCCGACGUACUGUACGUCCCGGGUGUGCGGGCAAACCUGCUGUCGUCUGGCCAGCUGAAGGAGCACGGCGUGAAGCUGCACGAGGACGGCGACGGGAUGCUGCUUGUCUCAGCAGCAGGAGAGGUGCUCGGUCAGGCGACGUACUCCGGGCGAGUCCUCUGCACCGACCUGCGUCCCUGCUCGACGAAGUCGACGUCACCCACGCCGGAGGUUGUGGCCCUGCGGGCGAUCGUCUCGAAGACGAGGUCGACGCCGGACAGGCUGCAUGCUCGGCUUGCACAUAUUGGAAUGGACACCAUCAGGCGCUCGGCGAAGAACGAGGUCGUCAUUGGGCUGGACCUCAAGUCGGCGACGGGCGCCGACUCACCGUGUGUCUCGUGUGUCGGCGGGAAGCUGGCGAGGCACACCUUCCCCGACCACGGCUCCGACGCCGACGACGUGUUGGCCGUCGUACACAUCGACUUGUGCGGGCCAUUCCGCGUGGCUGCCAAGGACGGCAGCCUGUACUUCUUGCUGCUAAAGGACCGCAAGACUCGCUACGUGUGGGUGCGGCCGGUCGCCAAGAAGUCCGACGUGCUGCGGGAGUUCGAGCAGUGGCUGGUGAUGGCGGAGCGACAGACCAAGAAGUCGGUGCUAAUGCUGCGCUCUGACCGGGGAGGGGAGUUCCUCGGAAAGGACUUCACCGCCCUCGUGGACGGCAAGGGGAUCCUCCACGACCUCACCUGCCCAUACACUCCGCAGCAGAACGGCAUGGCGGAGCGGGAGAUGAGGACGGUGGUGGAGUCGGUGCGGACGAUGCUGCUGCACAUGGGCGUCCAGCACCACUGGUGGCACCUCGCUUUGCGGCAGGCUGUCUGGGUCCGCAACUGCCUGGAGAGGUCGGCGACGCCGGGGACGACACCGUACCAGUUGCUCACCGGGAAGAAGCCCGACUUGUCGCUGGCGCGCGUGUGGGGCUGCAUGGCGCAGUUCCUCGUCCCCGAGCAGCAGCGUGGUGGGAAGCUGAAGCCGAAGGCCCGAUGGGGCCUUCAUCUCGGCGUGUCGGAGGAGAGCAAAGGCUGGGAGCUCCUCGACAUCGCCGACAACCGGGUGGUCACCACGUCGGACGUGGUGUUCUACGAGGACAUGUCGCUGGAGGUGUGGAAGUCGGAGCACGGGCCAGUGUCCGGACGGACGCCGAGCACUCCGCCGACCGACACCUCGACGGCGACGCUGCCUCUGCUCGCGGCGGUCGGUGAGCUCGCUGCUGGGGACAUCGCGGUCGACCAUCCUCCUUCCCCUCCUCCCACGACCCAUGUUUCUCCCCUCGUGGCCGACAUGCGUGGACUGACUCCGGUGUCGGCCUCCGGCGAUGAGGGGAGUAGUGGGACGUCGCCUGCGGCCAAGAGCAUCGCCGGUGGCCGACGUGACGGGCAGCAAGUCGACGUGGGAGUGAAGUCGACGCCGACAGGGGAGCAGGCAGCAACAAGGCCGACCAAGGAGCAGUCGGCGACCUGGCAGUCGACAGGGGAGCUGACCGCAGGGGAGGAAUCGGUCGGGACGCCGACCGAGGUGCAGCAGGACGACGAGGAUGAUGAAGGGGAGCAGUUGGGCGACGAGGAGUCCACCGACAGUGACGUGGGAGAGGCCCAGGCUGGACCACGGCGUACAGGCCGCCUUCGGAGGCCUCCCGACUUCUUCGUCCCGGCUGCCUUCACCACGGUGUAUGACGUGGUCGACGAGGACGACGACCUGCUGUACGACGACGCCGAUGAGGAUGAAGACCUGCUGGAGCUCGACCCCGACAUGCACGCCGACCCCGAGCACCGUUGGGAUAUCUCCACGAUGACGGUGAAGGAGGCGCUGGCUAGCUGGAAGGGUCCGGCGGUGAAGGCCGCCAUGGAGGAGGAGAUCCGCAGCCUCAUCGGCAUGGGGACGUGGGAGCUGGUCGAACGCCCACCCGGGGUCAACAUCAUGAAGAACCGGUGGGUGUUGACGACGAAGUACCACAUCGACGACACCAUCGAGCGCGAGAAGGCGAGGCUGGUCGUGAAGGGCUUCACGCAGGUGUAUGGCGCCGACUACGACGAGACGUACGCGCCGGUGAGCAGCUACGUCACGCUGCGGAUUUUCCUCAGCAUCGUCGCCGUCUUCGACCUCAACCUGAUGCAGCUCGACAUGAAGAAUGCCUUCCUGCAGAGCAAGCUCGACCGCGUGCUUUACAUGUACCAGCCGGACUACUUCAAUGACGGGACCGGCCGGGUGUGCAAGCUGCUAAAGAGCCUGUACGGGCUGAAGCAGUCGCCGCUGCUGUGGUACAAGGCUCUCAACGACGUGCUGGUCGGUGCUGGCUGGAAGAAGAGUCGGGUCGACGAGGCUCUCUACUUCAAGGUCGGCGUCGACAAGGUGACCUGUUGGGUGCUGGUCUACGUCGACGACCUGCUCGCCGCCAGCAGCAGCCCCGAGAUGCUGAAGGAGCUGAAGGAGCUGCUGGAGGCCGCCUUCGAGCUGCGUGAGAUCUCGCCGGUGCAGAAGUACCUCGGGCUGGAGAUCGUGCGCGACAGGUCGGCGGGGAAGCUAUGGCUGCACCAGCAGGGCUACGCCGACAAGCUGUGUAGGCGCUUCAUCGAUGAGGAGCAGGGCGGUCGGACCCCGAAGACGCCGGUCUCGGUCGACGCCUACGCCGAGCUCACCUUCGACGACGAGGAGGCGCAGGAGCGUCAGGAGGAGGAGUACCGGCAGAAGGUCGGCUCGCUGCAGUUCACGGCGACGACGACGAGGCCGGACAUCGCCUUCGCCUGCAGCAAGCUGGGGAGCGGCCUCACGGUGAGGAGCGACCAGCACUGGCGCGAGGUCGACCGCUGCCUUGCCUACCUCGCCAACACGCGUGACACCGCCUUGGAGUUCGGCGGUGGACCUGAGUCGCUGGAGCUGGUCGGCUAUGUGGACGCCGACGAUGCCGGCGACAAGCAGAACAGGACGAGCACGGGCGGCUACGUGUUCGUCUACGGAGGAGCCGCAGUCUCCUGGUCGAGCCAGCGCAUCAAGUGCGCGACGCUGUCGUCGACCGAGUCGGAGUACGUGGCGGUCGUCGAAGCCGGCAAGGAGGGACGCCGACUUCGCUUCCUCCUGGCAGAGUUCCAGCAGCUAGAUGCUGGGAGGCCGAUGGUUCUAAGGGUGGACAACAAGUCGGCCAUCACAGUCGCCGAGGGCAUGGGGUUGACGGGCAACCUCAAGCACAUGGAGCGGCGACAGGCCUGGCUGCAGCACAUGGUGAAGCGGGGGAAGUUUGCGCUGCAGUACAUCCCGACCGCUGAGCAGCCGGCCGACUUCUUGACGAAGGCGCUGCACUAUCCGGCCUUCAACUGGUGCUCCGUCGCCAUCGGCCAAGUGCGUCUGGCCGACGUGGGCAACGGCGACGACGACGUGCAGCAGUAG